CGUCGCGAGAUAUCGCGAGAACCUGGAUGCAAGACAACAAAAAUAAAUUUGUGAACAACAAGCCAGAGUGCAUGAUGGCGGCAUCGUUGCUGCGCCGGGACAAGAGAGCUACUGCCGCCAAGUUGAAGGCGGACUUAAACCGAACUGACAAUAGCACUGGGCUUCAACAACUUCAGGAGCUCCUCGACGUUGUUUUAAAUCCCGAAAAACCAGCGUCGGACACCGAAGCUCUGGACUGGUGUAAAUGUCUGAUUGCAGGAGGCGAGGGUUUCGAGGAGUUCUGCAAAACCGUUCGCUCCUAUGACAACGCGACUCUUUGCGGUCUGGUUUGGACGGCUAAUUUUGUGGCGUAUCGAUGCCGGACCUGUGGGAUUUCUCCGUGCAUGUCACUGUGCGCUGAAUGUUUUAAUAAUGGAGACCACACAAGCCAUGACUUUAAUAUGUUUAGGAGUCAGGCUGGCGGGGCCUGUGACUGUGGAGACGGUAAUGUCAUGCGAGACAGUGGGUUUUGCCGACGGCAUCGGUUGAAAACGGGGGAAAAUAUUCCCUCAAUACCCUGCGAUCUUCUCCUAAUGUCUGAGAUGAUUCUUCCUCGCUUUAUCCUGUUUAUCAUACAGUAUCUGAGAGAUGGAUAUGUGGAGCCAGACACCUCCACGGAAAGAGAUCUACAGAAGGUCCUUCAACAGCUGGAACCUCAGAUCUCCUUCCUGGAAGAGCUCACAAAGAUGGGAGGAGCCAUGAGGACUGUACUGACAAAAAUCCUGACCAAUCAGCAGACAUUUAUGGAGCUUAGCAUGGGCCAAGAGGAUAAUUUGUAUGCGAAGAAGAACUAUGAAAAGUAUUUAUCAGCACUGAAGAACUCUGGUCUGGUAUCUGUUGAGGAGAAAGCUCCAGGGGCUACGGCUGAAGUCACAGUUGGAGCUGAAGGAGGUGCAGGAGCAGUGGUCCUGAUGGGAUCAACUGGACCAGGAAGCCCAGAUGAGUCUUGCAAAGAGGAGGAUCAAGAUGGAGGACAGUCUGUUGGCCAGAGGAAGAGGGUUAAGCUCAGUAGCAAUACCAAAGAUCAUUGCAUCAUCGAAUCACUAAAGCAUAAGUGCUUUCUGGAGGAAUUGCUGUUUUGGACAAUAAAAUAUGAGUUUCCUCAGAAAAUGGUCACUUUCCUGUUAAACAUGUUGCCAGAUCAAGAUUACAAGAUCACCUUCACCAAAACGUUUGUACAACAUUACGCCUUCAUCAUGAAGACGCUGAUGAAGAGCCACGAAUCGGACACGAUGUCCAACCGCAUCGUUCACAUCAGCGUGCAGCUGUUCAGCAACGAAGAGCUGGCCAGACACAUGACGGAGGACUGUCAGCUGCUUGAUAUCAUGGUCACGGUGCUCCUCUACAUGAUGGAAAGUUGUCUUAUCAAAAGUGAACUUCAAGAUGAAGAGAACAAUCGCCAUGUUGUGGUGAACUGCAGUGAGGCGCUGUUGAAGAACAACACCUACUGGCCCCUAGUUAGUGAUUUUAUAAACAUUCUGUCACACCAAAGUGUAGCAAAAAAGUUCCUGGAGGACCACUCCCUGCUCAUGCUGUGGAUGAGCUUUGUCUCAUUCUUCCAGGGUAUGAAUCUGAAUAAGCGAGAGUUGAAUGAACACGUGGAGUUUGAGUCUCAGACAUACUAUGCAGCCUUUGCAGCAGAGCUUGAGGCGUGUGCACAGCCUAUGUGGGGUCUCCUAACACACUGCAAAGUCAAAGAGACGCAGGAAUAUACAAAAACUGUGGUUCGCUACUGUUUGGAGACCCUGCAGAUCUGGUUUGAUGCCAUCGGCUUUAUCGAUGAGCCGGCUCCAAAUCAAGUAACAUUUCAUCUCCCACUUCAUCGCUAUUACGCCAUGUUCCUCAGUAGGGCUGUAAAAUGUCAAGGCUUGGAUUUGGACAGCCUUCUGCCCGAUCAAGAGAUGCUCAUGAAGAUCAUGGUGCAUCCACUCCAAAUACAGGCAAGUUUGUCUGAGAUCCACAGCAACAUGUGGGUCAGAAAUGGUCUGCAGAUCAAAGGACAGGCUAUGACUUACGUCCAGUCGCACUUCUGCAACUCCAUGAUUGACCCGGACAUUUACCUGCUCCAGGUUUGCGCCUCCAGACUCGAUCCCGACUACUUUAUCUCAAGUGUUUUUGAGAGAUUUAAAGUGGUUGACCUCUUGACCAUGGCGUCUCAGCACCAGAACGCUGUGUUGGAUUCCGAGCAGGAAAGACCCAUGUUGGAGGGAGCACUUACUUUUCUAGUCAUCCUGACGAGCCUUCGCAUCCAUCUUGGAAUGACCGAUGACGAGAUCCUUCGAGCUGAGAUGGUGUCUCAGUUGUGCAUGAAUGACCGUACUCACAGUGCCCUCUUAGAUCUCAUUCCUGAGAAUCCUAACCCAAAGAGCGGCGUCGUGCCGGGCAGCUGUAGCUUUGAGGAUAUGCUGUCCGCCGUGGCGGACUUUAAAGCGCCCGUGUUUGAACCCGGAGGCUCCAUGCAGCAGGGAAUGUACACACCCAAAGCUGAGGUGUGGGAGAAGGAAUUCGACCCCAUCAUGGUUGUUCUCAGAACGGUCUAUCGCCGCGAUGUCCAGUCAGCAAUGGACAGAUACUCAGCAUUUUUGAAGCAGUUCGGCAUUCACACCGGAAACCCAUGGCCACCCUACAAGGAGAGGACCCCUCUGCAUCCAUGUUACAAAGGUCUAACCCGCCUGCUGCACUGCAAGACGCUGCACAUUGUGAUCUUCACUCUUCUCUACAAGAUUUGGAUGGAUCAUCAGAACAUGUCUGAGCAUGUUCUUUGCAUGGUGCUCUACCUGAUCGAGCUUGGCUUGGACAACCAGGUUCAAGACAACAAAGAAGAUGAAGAGCCUUGCAUUGAGGAGCACUGCCACGACAGCUGGUUCCCGGGAACCAACCUCAUCUCCAACCUGCACCAUGUUAUAAACUUUGUGAGAGUUCGAGUUCCUGAGACGGCCCCUGAAGUGAAGAGGGAGCCUCCUCCCAGCACCAGCACUGAAGCUGCGUCUUAUGGCCAAAACUCCAGGCGUCUUUCAGGAAAUUGGAGAGAGAACCUGCGAGAAGCUCAGGUAUUCAGCCUUGUGGCAGAGCGCAGGAGAAAGUUUCAGGAGAUAAUAAACCGCAGCAACACUGAAGCCGCUCAGGUUGUGAGGCCUAAAAGCUCGUCUACGCGUUGGGUUCCGCCAGGCACGCCCCCCCAGCUGGUAACCGAAAUCCUGGAGAUCCGAGAAAGCAUGCUGUCCCUCCUCAUCAAGCUGCACCAGAAGAUGUCGUCCAAGCAAAACUCCCUGUCAGCAUCCUGGCUCGACGACGCGGACAUGGGCCGCCUCGCUCACGGAGACGGCAUUACCGCAAUUGAGCGCAUCCUCAGCAAAGCGGCCACACGCAGCUGCCAAAUCAAACGCAGCAUUCAGGACAUUUGUGGGAAGCUGUUCCCUCCAGUGCUGCCCAAAAAAAGCAGUCCCACCGACAAGAAAACCAUGGAUAAAGAAGAAAGACGUCAGAGGGCAAGAGAACGGCAAAAGAAACUUCUUGCCGAGUUUGCAUCACGCCAGAAGAGCUUCAUGGAAACGGCCAUGGAUGUUGAAUCUCCAGAAACCGAGGCAGCAAUGGAUUUAGGAUCAUCUGAAGUGAUGGAGUCUGAGACGCACUACGACUGUGUAAUCUGUGGUCAGAGUGGACCCUCCACUGAAGAUCGGCCAACUGGCCUCGUGGUUCUUCUGCAGGCAACCUCUGUGCUUGGGCAUCGCUGCAAAAGUAAAGAGGCCAAGAAUCUACCGACGAGCGAUGAAGAGCACAUUUACUCUGCAGACACGUGUGGAGUGGCUCAUGAUGUCAGGCUAACACUCAUGCAGCAGUUCUUCAAAGAUAGUUCUUGUCUUCAGUCGGUGUCGAUAGGAUGGGAUGGAGGAGUUUACGUCCAGACCUGUGGUCACACUCUGCAUAUAGAUUGCCAUAAGUCAUAUAUGGAAUCUUUAAGGAACGACCAGGUCCUUCAGGGUUUCUCUGUUGACAAGGGUGAAUUCACAUGUCCGCUCUGCCGACAGUUUGCUAAUAGCGUCCUUCCCUGUCGCCCUGGGCGGGCCACAGAUGCCGGUUCAUGGCACACGCCCACAAACAAGAAGACUACCGCGCUUGUCAAGGAGGUUGAUGACCUUCAGGAGAGGCUUGCCCUUUUCCCAACGGAGUCCAAUUUAAGUAAAGAGAUGGAGCUGGUGAUCAAAGACAUAAAGAACACCACCCAGAAAAAAUACAUGGACUAUGGCAAGAACCCCGGCUCCCCAGACAACGAUUUCCUCUUCAUGUACUCAGUAGCAAGAACCAAUCUGGAGCUGGAACUGGUGCAUCGGGGUGGAAACCUGUGCUCCGGAGGAGCCAGUGCAGCAGCCAAGCGCUCCUGUUUGAAUCAGCUGUUUCAUGUCUUGGCUAUGCACAUGCGUCUGUACAGUAUCGAUUCAGCUUACAACCCGUGGACAAGGUUGACUCAGAUUGCACAAAAUAAAGAAGAAGAUGGCUUUGAGGAAGAACGGCCUGAGGUCCCAAUGCUGUUUCGAGACCCUCCGUCCCUUCUCAUCAUCUUUAUUCUAACUAUGGCGCAGCCUCUGCGUAAAGAGCACUUUACCUGCGUUGUCAAGAUGCUGUACAACCUGCAGUUCACCCAAGCUUUGGCUGCACUGUCGACUAAGUUGAGCUCUGAGGAAAGGCAGGCUUGGGUCACGUCUGGAGCACUUGUAAAGAGCACUGCAAAUUCUGAAAAGUCCUGUGAAGUUCUGCUCGGUCACAUUAUUGGUGAGCUCUCAAAGGAAACCCGCAUCUACAGCGACAACCCCGAGGAAACGGCAAUGCUGAGCUCCAGUGUGUGGUCCCCACAGUCCGUGGAGGUCAGCCUUCAGCAGUUCUGCCUGCCCUUUCUGCGCCUCUCCUGCCUUCUGCAGCACCACCUUUAUGGAGACAGCCUGACUGGCUGCCUGGAGGAAGAGGAGUUCUCAUCUUUGGCUGUGUGCCUGGGGCUUCUACCUUCAGCCCCUCAGCCUUCCAACACCAUGCACAGUGCCUCAUGUCUGGAGUGGCCCGUCAGCGCCUUUGACUUGGUGUCACAGUGGUGUGCUGAGGUCACGGGGCUCUCACAAAUGCAAGCUGAGCAAACACUGACCUUGCUUGUUCAAGAUCCUCAGUGGGCAGCCCCUCGCCUUCUCCAGCUACCCGACAACUAUAAUAUCAUCUUCCAGUACUAUCACAGAAAAGCUUGUACUGUCUGCAAAAAGGUGCCAAAAGACCCCGCACUCUGCCUUGUUUGUGGCGCCUUCGUCUGUCUCAAGGGCGUGUGCUGCAAGCAGCAGGGUAUCUGUGAAUGUGUUUUGCACUCCCAACACUGUGGCGCAGCAGCAGGCAUCUUUCUGCUCAUCAAUGCCUCCGUCAUCAUCAUCAUCCGUGGACAUCGUUUUUGUCUGUGGGGCUCCAUUUACCUCGAUGCCCACGGAGAGGAAGACCGGGAUUUACGCCGUGGAAAACCCCUCUUCUUAUGUGAAGAGCGGUAUCGUGUGUUGGAGCAGCAGUGGGUUUCCCACACCUUCGAUCACAUCAAUAAGCGUUGGGGGCCUCACUAUAACGGACUCUAACAUCUUCCUGAUGAAGCAUUUUUUUUCUUUGUCCUACUCUUUAUUUACCGGCUUCCGUCUGCCUUGGUUUAAAAAAAAUAUAUAUACAUAAAAACAAAAAAUCUGUAACUUUUAUGAUAAAAAAAAAACACAAGCGUGAGGGGUGAGGAUAGCGCUGCUACAGCUUUGAUGUACGUGGAGUUUGGUCUACAGUCAUGCCUAAAAGAUUUAGCACCUGUUGUGUGUUCCGUCGUGUGGUUUUUGGAUGAUAGAACUUGGUAAGAUCAAAUUAAAAAGCACAAAUUUGCCCUCAAAUUCAUAUGGAGUAGCCUUUAAAAGCCUGUUUUACUUAUUCAUAUUUAAGAAAAAAAAAAAGGAGAAUGCGCAUAUGAAAUGCUGGAAGCCCCUGCAGAGUUUUGAUUGGUUUUGAAGCUAACAUCUGUAUGCAUAUCCCCUUUUUAUUUAUCAGAAUGUGCUGUACUAGCAUGAGUUUCAAGCUCCCGAUGAGUGUCACUGAAGUCCGCACAAGUCCGGCAUCACGAUGAGCGUUGGCGUUAUCGGCGCACUCGAGUGGUUUUUUCGCGUACAAGUAAAAGACUCUUUUUGGGUCAAUCCAUCCUCAGGAAUUUAUUUUUCCAUUUUUUGCUGUUUAAAAGAAGUUUUAGAUAUUUAAAUAAAUGCUGCUGCUCAUUGUUAAAGUUACUAAUUUUAA